AUGCGUUCAAGCAUCCCUUUUCUGUCCUUGACUGCAGAGCUCUGGCUGCCACAUUGCCAGGGGAGAGCGGUGGCCAAGAUCCGAGAGUUCAUCCUGCAGAAAGUCUACUCCUUCCGCAAACCCAUGACCAACUACCAGAUCCCCCAGAAUGCCCUGCUCAAGUACAGGUUUUUCUACCAGUUCCUGCUGGGCCACGAGAGGCUCAUCGCCAAGGAGGUGCGGGACGAGUACGUGGACACCAUGAGCAAGAUCUACCUCAGCUACUUCAAGUCCUACACCAACCGGCUGAUGAAGCUCCAGUACGAGGAGGUGGCUGAAAAGGACGACCUGAUGGGGGUGGAAGACACCGGCAAGAAGGGCUUCUUCUCCAAGCCGUCCCUCCGCAGCCGGAACACCAUCUUCACCCUGGGCAACCGGGGGAACGUGAUCAGCAGCACCGAGCUCGAAGGACCCAUCAUCGUGCCCCACUCGGCGCAGAAGAGCGACGUCCGGUUCCAUGCAAGUGGCAGCUCCAUUUGCUUCUGCGGCCUGCAUCCAAAACUGCCCAGGGCCAGGUUUGGGGACCCCUGA